CCAUAAAAUGGCUUAUACACGGUAAACUUACCAUCGUUUUGUCCUUCGACCAUCAGCAAUGGCAUCUUCAGCGGUUCCGAUGGACGACAGCAACUUCGAAGACGACCAGCUCGCCAACAUGACCACGGACGAUAUCGCUCGAGCGUCUCGUCUCCUCGACAACGAGCUCCGGAUCCUGAAGGAUGAACUGCAAAGGAACAACCUUGAACUGGAAUCGUUUAAGGAGAAGAUUAAGGAGAAUCAGGAGAAGAUUAAGCUUAACAAGCAGCUGCCUUACCUUGUUGGGAAUAUUGUUGAGAUUUUGGAAAUGAAUCCUGAAGAUGAGGCUGAGGAAGAUGGUGCAAAUGUUGACCUUGAUUCACAAAGGAAGGGAAAAUGUGUUGUAUUAAAAACUUCCACUCGCCAGACAAUUUUUCUCCCUGUUGUUGGGUUGGUUGACCCUGAUAAGCUGAAACCUGGAGAUUUGGUUGGAGUAAACAAAGACAGUUACUUGAUAUUAGACACUCUUCCAUCAGAAUAUGAUUCGCGAGUGAAGGCAAUGGAGGUGGAUGAGAAACCGACAGAAGACUACAAUGAUAUUGGUGGCCUUGAGAAGCAGAUCCAAGAGCUUGUUGAGGCCAUUGUAUUGCCGAUGACCCAUAAAGACAGAUUCCAGAAAUUGGGAAUCAAACCACCUAAAGGUGUGCUUCUGUAUGGUCCGCCUGGAACUGGGAAAACAUUGAUGGCUCGUGCAUGUGCAGCACAAACAAAUGCGACCUUUCUGAAGUUAGCAGGCCCACAACUUGUUCAGAUGUUUAUUGGUGAUGGAGCCAAACUGGUUCGCGACGCAUUUCAACUUGCAAAGGAAAAAUCUCCCUGUAUCAUUUUUAUUGAUGAGAUUGAUGCUAUUGGAACAAAGCGUUUUGAUAGUGAGGUAAGCGGAGACAGGGAAGUGCAGCGGACAAUGUUGGAAUUGCUUAAUCAGCUGGAUGGCUUUAGUAGCGAUGAACGAAUAAAGGUUAUAGCGGCAACAAACCGAGCUGAUAUACUUGAUCCUGCUCUCAUGAGAUCUGGUCGGCUAGACCGCAAAAUUGAAUUCCCUCACCCUACUGAGGAAGCAAGAGCUCGGAUUCUUCAGAUCCAUUCAAGGAAAAUGAAUGUACAUCCUGAUGUCAACUUUGAAGAGCUGGCUCGUUCUACUGAUGAUUUCAAUGGAGCUCAACUUAAAGCAGUAUGUGUAGAAGCAGGGAUGCUCGCGCUCCGUCGAGAUGCAACUGAGGUGAUGCAUGAAGACUUCAACGAAGGAAUCAUUCAAGUUCAAGCCAAGAAGAAGUCCAGCUUGAACUAUUAUGCUUAAUUGGAGUGAUUUCCCUUGUUAUGAACAUCACAAAGUAUUAAUUCGGGCUGGUAUCAGUCUCCCUACCUUGACUUGGCUCAUAUACGAUUCAAGCUUGCAAAAUUGAACAUGGUUGAUAUCUGGUUAGAGUUUGGAUCUAAUUAUUUUCUAGCCAGCCUGAAUUUGUGUAGAAUCAGGACCACUUCUGCACUACAUGUCGAUGUAUUAACUGGUCCUUAAUUAUCCAGAUUUGUUCUUUGUACUUUCAAGUUCAUAAAUUAUGUUCAGUUUACAUGUAAGAUUCAAGUUGUAUUGAUGCUUAAUUUGUUGACCCUUUGUACUCGUGUUUCUUUCUUGCUUGAUGGUUUGUUUCUAUUUAGUAGUUAAUAUUAUUU